CAAGCUGCGCUCCAGCCUCAAAGGGGCCGGAUCGGUCUUGAACUUGGCGGUGGGUGGAGUUAAAUUUCAACACAGUGGAGUCACACUCUCAUACCGCUUCUCCACUUUCUGCGAAAACUCAAAAUCUAGUUAGUCGAGCUGACACAGAAGAUUGAAAAUUCAAGAGAUAUCAUCACUUCAUGUCUGGGUGCGGUUUGUGAUGACUAAAUGGUCUGGGCAUCCUUCCAGCACCCCUGAUCAAUCAUGACCUCACCCUAGGCCCUGUGUUCUUCACGCCACCCCACAGGUCCACCAUGUUGCUGUUAGAAGACUCGUGCUGACCACACAUCCCAACCCUCUCUUCACACACACACACACACACACACACACACACACACACACACACACACACACACACACACACACACACACACACACACACACACACACACACGCACGCACGCACGCACGUGCACACGCACACACACACGCACACACACUCCUCCAGUUGCAGCCCCCUUGAGGAAGGGGGCGUGGGGGCAGGGGGGGCAUGGCGUCAGGAAGAGGCCUCGACGAUGACCCCCCCACGGAAGAGGGGGUGGCCUCUCUCGACAUCGAUGAUGUCAAGCUGCUUCUGCAAGUGGAGCAGGAGCAGAUCCAGAAGAGGACCUUCACCAACUGGAUCAAUGCCCAGCUUUCUAAGAGAACCCCGGUGUCCGUGGUGCAGGACCUGUUUGCUGACCUCCAAGAUGGCACCAAGCUCCUGGACCUCCUGGAGGUGAUGAGUGGCCAGCGCAUGAAACGAGAGAGGGGACAUGGGGUAUUCCAGCACAGAGGCAACAUUGAGACAGCUUUGACCUUCUUAAGGAGCAAAAAGGUUAAGCUGGUGAACAUCAACAUCCCUGAUAUCAUCGAGGGCAGACCCUCCAUUGUUCUGGGCCUCAUAUGGACCAUUAUUCUACAUUGUCACAUCGAGGAGCUGGCCAGCACCCUGUCCUUCGGCUCCAGGCAGUCUUCCCUGGAGUCCCUGGCCAGUCUGGACUCGGCGCCCAGCUCGGCACGCAGCAGCCCCGUGCCGGGAGGGGGCAGCCCGGUGCCCCGCGGACGAUGCUCCCCGCUACACUCUCGCUUCCGCCUGUCCGCCAAGAAGGCCCUGCUGCUGUGGGUCCGGGACCAGUGUCGCAAGGUUGGUUGUAACAUCAGUGUGAAGGACUUCAAGUCCAGCUGGAGGAGUGGUGUGGCGUUCCUGGCCAUCCUGUGUUCCCUGAGGCCCGAGCUGGUGGACCUGGCCCAGGCACAGCACCCCCACCGCAGCAGCCUGCAGAACCUGGAGGAGGCCUUCAGGCUGGCCGAGCAGGAGCUACACAUCCCCAGGCUACUGGAGCCAGAGGAUGUUGAUGUGAGGGACCCUGAUGAGAAGUCCAUCAUGACCUACGUUGCCCAGUUCCUGCAGUACUCCAACGACAUGCCUUCACUAGACGAAGACAUUGAGUUGCCCACUGCAGCAGUCUCUCCCCCGUGUCUCUCUCCUGUCAACCUUCCAACCUAUUUCACGCCAGCUGUAACCACCUCCCCACUGCACCAGGCUUCGCCCAGUCAGAAGGCUCGAGAGAUGGCCACUUGGUUGCAGCGGUCCUAUCAGGAGCUAGAAGAGGUGUGGUCGUCAUCAGAGGGGGCGGGCUAUGCAGAAAGAUAUCAGAGCUUCCAGGCGUUCCUCUCCACCUUCCAUGAGCAGCGUCGGCCGGUGAUCCCGCUCCUGAGCUCCAUCAGACGCAGCCCCAAACCCAGCCCCGAGCAGCUGGCCCUCAGGCUGGCCUGGAGCACCAUCGAGCACAAGCUGCAGCAGUAUAGCUCGGAGCUGGACCUGUGUCUGCCCACCCCUCUGGACGCGCUGGGCCACUGGCUGCAGAGAGUGGAGGCGGUGCUGGAGGAAGAGGGAGGGGCUGCAACGGACCACGCCCACGGUGCCAGGGAGGCCAGGCAGAAACAGGAAGAACUGAAGGUGCUGGUGCAGGACAUGGGACAACACCUCAACACCCUCCAUGUCUUCUCCAACACCAGCCCCCAUGAGGACACCUGGGUGCCCCCAGAGAAGCUGGACGAGCUGAAGAGACGGUUCACCAGUGCCAGGGUGACGGCCAAGUACCACGGCAUCAAGCUGGAGUACCGUGAGCAGCGGCACGCCGUGUACGACCUGCUGGGCCAGCUCAACGGGCGGCUGAAGGAGUGGAGGGGCCCGCACGCAUCCCAGGAGUCUGUGCGCUCGCUGCUGCAGGACUGGCACGAAGUUGUGGAUAAACAGUGCCUGGUGUCCAUGCUGAAGGCAGCGCUGCACAAGCUGAAGCAAACUGCCAGCACCUACUCCAGCAAGGCCGCACUCGUUGACGAUGCCCAGAUGGUGAGUCGGCAGGUGAGGGAGGUGGAGGCGGAGGUGGGCACCAGUGCCGAGGGGGUGUCAGGGGCGCGCGCCACCAUGGGUCGGGUGCUGGCCGCCUGGGAGUCCUACAGGGACUGCCUCUUCUCCAUGCAGGUGUGGCUGGCCCAGCAGGCCGAGGACUCGGGGAAGGAGAAGGACACCGCCACCGCCACCGCCACCGCCACGCCAGGGAAGGAGGAUAGCCUUCGCGAGUGGAUUGGCCGUCAUGCCCAGCUGAAUGAGGUGGGCAACUUCCUGAUCGAGUCAACAGAGGGCGCCACCAGCCGCUCUCUGGCUGACGAGCUGAGCAGGGUCAACAAGCAGUGGGCUGACCUCAUCAAACGCACGCGAUUUGCGGUGGCUCCUGUGGCCUCCUCUGCCCCAGCGUGUACCCAGGCGGCUCAGGCCUUGUUGGAGGAGGCCGGCUGGCUGGCUAGGGAGGCGGUGGAGGUGUCCUCUGGUGCUCUGCGCAACUACCGCAAGAAACUACAGGUAAUGAUAAAGAAGAUUUCAGAGGUGGAUCUGGAUGUCUUGGCCACGUCCCCAGACUGCUCUGCAGACAUUCUGGACAAUCUGAAACAAGGCCUCCCCAAGCGGCGCGAGUGUCUGGCUCAGGUUAUGCAGGUGUGUGAGGGGGUGCAGAGGGGUGCGUCUCUGCUGGAGGGCCGCCUAGCUGAGCUGGGGCACUGGGGCAACGAGGUGUCAGAGGCCCAGGACACCCUCAAGGAGUGGGAGCGCAAGGGACACCCGGGCCUGCGAUCCAGGGUCAAGGCGCUGGUGUCUCGGGGGCUGCAGCUGGAGGAGCAGCUCCGGGCGGAGGAGCAGGAGCUGGGGGUGGUGCUGGCCUCGGUCAGGAAGAGAUCCACGCGACCCUACCUCAGCACCUCCGCGCUGCAGGACCGCCUUAAGGAGGCCCUCGCACACGCAAAGGAGUCAUUGGCAUUGCUGAGUCGCCUGGAUGUGAAGAGGGAGGGCCAGCCCCUAAAAUCCAAGGGCCAGCCCCCUCCUAAGGUCAUAAUCCGGGCCCAGAGCCAACCGGACCUCCACGAUGACACAUCCACAUCCACAUCCACAUCCAUUAGGGAGUCGUCCUCCGUGGCCCAGGUGCUUCAUGCCCGUAGCCUGCCUCAGAUCCCAGAGGAGAUGGUGGCUCAGGAAGCUCCACUGGGUCAGCUGUGGAUAGGCUCCCCUGAGCGCCAGGCCGGCGACGUCAUAACAACGAGCUCCAUGACGACCUCCCCAACCAGGGUGGCAUCAUCACAGCCCAACGUCAGUGUCCCUGUGAGUUCAGAUGAAAUGUGUGUAGAUGAUGAUGACGAUGGUCGUCGAUCCAAAAUGCCGCUUCAGGGCACGGCUGCUGUACCACGCGCCACCCAAAGCGCACCCUGUAGCCCAUUGGCUGGCGUACGAACCAUGCCACCCGAUGCCGCCCCAGACGACCUGGCGUCCGCUCAGCUUCACACGCCUCCACAAACCCCCAGCCCCCGAAGCAGACAGCGCACCCGCCAGAGGCACAAGAGUUCUGGCGUCGGUACCGGUUCAGGUGCUAGCACGGUCCCCUCUGGUUCUGGUUCUAAUGUGGGUCGUCCGAGACCCCCGGUGCAGAGCGAGGUGUUCCUCAAGGCCCGGUCUCUGGCCCGCAGCAGACUGGACGGGGCGAAGCAGCGGCUACAGCAGCACGUUCAGGAGACCAUCCGCGCCUUCAGUGACAAGACGCUCUCCAAGGAACAAGUGCAGAUGAAAGAGUACUUUUUGGAGACCCUGAAGCCCACUCUCCUAGAAGACUUCCUGGGUGCGGUGGAAGGCAUGAGUCCCUUCUGCUCCGAGACCCAGCUCACAGAGAUGGAGGUGCUCUCCCAGUCUGUGCGUGGCCAAUGGGAGAGUGUGUGUUUGGAGAUAGCGUCCUUUUUGCCAGACUUGUGGCGUGAACUAGAGAGGGGAGGCUCGGUUAGGCCGCCUGUGGCUGUGUGUCGGCUGCAGCAGCAGACUGCGCCCCCCUCUAAGCCACACGGCCCUUCCUCCCAUGGCCUGCAGCCUGUGGCCAGUGGACAGCAGGCAUGUGUCGGGGCACCGGACCUUGAGGCGCGGUUGCGAGCCCUGCGGGCGCUAGAGGACAACCUGGGUCCCCCUCAGCCUGCGGUGUGGACCACCAGCCGUGUCAAAGACACAGAGGGAAGACUGGAGGUGGCCCAGACUCCGCAUAGCACUGGAAGAGCAGGAACAUCACCCCCCUCUGAUGGGUCUGACGUGAAUGUGACAGGCAGUACCCCACUCAGAGAAGCCAGUCAACCCUUUGACCUGAGGCCAACACCACCCCAUCUGCAGGGACCUGAGGGGAGAAUGGAGACGUUGCAGGUGUUGCAGAGGAGAGCGGAGGACUCUCCCAGCUCUGCAGCCCCACAGGAAGAGGGGUCAUCGCCACAGGAAGUGUACAUGCGGUAUCGUAAUGCUUACUCGGCCUUUGAGCUCCAGCUGCAGAAGAACAGGCAGCAGUUAUCCUGUGUUUCUCCCCAGACCACAUCCUCCUCCUCCCUCUCCUCCUCUUCCUCCUCAACCUCCUCCUCCUCCACACUGCAGAACCUCCACAUGCUCUUCCAAGACCUCCAGACGCUGAGGCAGCAGACGGAGGCUCUGUGGUUCGAGUUUGAGCUGCAGUUCUCCCAGUGCGGGCCGGAGCUGCAGGGGCUGGAGGGGGUGGAGGAGGUGGAGGAGAGCAGACUGCGGCAGGAGAGGAACCAACUCAUACAGCAGUGGAGGGCACAGCAGAUACGGCUGCAGGCCAGGAUGAAGAUGUUGCAGACUGCGUUGACUGUGAUGGAGCCAGUCGACAUUCAGGCAGCAUCUAUCGCCAAACGCCUGGACGAUAUCUCCCACAAUCCCCUGAACGUCACCGAAUUCACCCUCUAUGACUCAGUGAUCGUGCAUGAGGACCUCAAGCUCCUGGAUGACAACAUUCAGACAGAGUUGGACAGGCUGGAUGGUUUUGAGCGAAGCGAGAACAUCCUUGCGGACCUCGGCGCUGAACCGGACCUCCAGCACACCCACUCCGCUGUCCAGCAGGCACUGCACAGGUGCCGGAACCUUCUGGACCAGCAGCGCAGACGCCUGAGGAGAACCGACUCCGCCUUGGCGGAACUGGAACGCUUCCUGGAACCGCUGCAGCAUUCCGCUUCCGAACUGUCCCAACUGCUCUUCUUCCCCACCUCUUCCUUGUCCUCCUCCUCCUCCUCCUCUUCCUCUUCCUCCCCCACUUCCUUCAUGUUUGAGGACAGCUCGAGGCUGAUCCCCAUCCAGAGGAGGGCCAAGGAGGCCAGCGAAGAGGCCCCGCGUAUAGAUGCCCUUCUGGGGGACGCGGAGCUCAGGGUGACCCUGGAUGGAGCUACAGGCUCCUGUGUGGAGGUGGCAGGAGCGUUGGGCAGGCGGUUAGAGGAGGCCCAGGCUAACAUCAAGACAGGAGGAGGAGGAGGAAAGAGAGAGGAGAAGAGGAGGGAGGGGGGGCAGAAGGAGGCAGAUGGACAGAGCCACAGGAGGAGGAGGUGCCAGUGGCUGCAGGUGACGCUGAAGGAGAUGCGGGGAGCAGCGGAGAGGAUGGGGCUCAAGGAGCCCACACUGCCAGCCCUGCAGCAGAGGUUGCGUACACUGACAGACAUGGAGAGCAAGCUGGCAGCGCUCUGGACUGAUGUGCAGGCUCUGCAGCAGGCAUCACAGUCACAGUCGCCGUCGCAGUCGUCUGUGCAGACGGGCGCUCAGGACCCGGAGCUCAGGGAGCUGCAGAGGGAGUGGGAGCAGACCCAGCAGACCGUCAAAGACCGGCGGGAGCAGUGCCAGGCUGUGAUGGAGAUGCUGAAGCGGUUUCAGGGCUGCCGCAGCCGCGUGAGUGUGGUGCUGCAGCAGGCGGAGCAGACCAUGGGCGACCAGGCCUCAUACAUGGGCAAGGACAACCUCCAGAGACUACUCACCAGGGUGGUGCAGACCAAGGAGGAGCUGAGUGGCCUGGGGGACGGCGUGGAGGAGAUCAGGGCGGUGUGCCGACAGCUUCAGCACCAGCUCCGAGGGAUCCCCGACUGUGCAGACGCCCCCUUCGAGAACGAGGCCGAUGCUGUCAUGGACCGCUGGUUGGAUGUGAUGGAGCGAACGGACUGCUACCUGGACAACCUGCGCGUGGGGUUGGCCCUGUGGGAGAAGCUGCUGGUGAUGGGGGCGGAGGUGGAGGCCUGGACCUCCAGCAAGAUGGCCGACCUCGCCCGCCAGACGCAGCCCUUCCAGGGGGAGCGGGACGUCACCAGCAUGCAGGAGGAGAUUAAGUGUCAGGAGGAGAGUGUGGAGCGUUUCCAUCGCCGCUCCCAGGAGAUCCAGAACCUUCUCCAGAGCCAGGAGCCUCCCCUGGAGCUACAGGUGAUGGAGAGUCACCUGAGGAAGAGGAUGAUGCAGGUGAAGGAGCUGUUCUGCGAGAGCUCGGGGCUCCUGAGGGAGCUGCAAUUCGCCAGGGGUCACGUCGAAGCCAAGAUGGCCGCCUGUCAUUCAUCUCUGCAGAACAUCCACGACGCGCUGAGGAACCUCGGCAGCGCAGAGGGACCAGCGCUACUCCAGACUUUAGAGGUGAUGGAGAGUCACCUGAGGAAGAGGAUGAUGCAGGUGAAGGAGCUGUUCUGCGAGAGCUCGGGGCUCCUGAGGGAGCUGCAAUUCGCCAGGGGCCACGUCGAAGCCAAGAUGGCUGCCUGUCAUUCAUCUCUGCAGAACAUCCACGACGUGCUGAGGAACCUCGGCAGCGCAGAGGGACCAGCGCUACUACAGACUUUAGAGGGGAUCUCUGCAGAGCUGGAUGUGCAGGCAGGGCAGGUGUCAUCCCUACAGCAGGAUCUGAGCCUCAUGGCGGGGGUGAGCAGCCCACAGACCCUGCAGUCCCUGGAGGCGGACGGGACCCGACUGCAGGAGAGCAUCAGCGCAGCCAGGACCCUGCUCAAACACCAGAGGGAACAGGCUGAGGACACGAGCAGGCUUUAUGAAGAACACAAGGAGCUCCAGGAGUGGCUGAAUGCCACGCGCGUUUGGGCCCAGUCCCAGGACCAACUGGCUGGCCUGCGCGUGGAGAUGGAGAGACAGAGUGAGCGCGUGGAUGCCUUCCGAGUUCUCGUGGCCACGGUGCAGGCGAGGAGCGGGGACAGUUCCACCCUCCUGGAGGACUGCUGGAAGCUCCUGGACUGCUUUGGACACCUCCAGGGCCAGAUCGGGCAGCUCCUCCAGUCCCAGGUCCAGAGCACUCCCCAGCCCCAGGAACAACCACCCCCCAGGGGGAGGCAAGACGUGCAGGCCCUGGCAAAGGAGACCCAGGCCUGGUUUAGAGAGAUGCAGAGACAGGUGGAGGCUCUAGGGGGCAGUAGUGCCCAGGGCAGCCAGGAACAGAUCGAGACGAGGCUGCAACAGGUCAAGGCGGUGCUGGCCCAGAGACAGGAGGGAGACUCCCGGCUGGAGGAGCUGAGAGCGGUGGCCGUGGCCCAGCAGGAGCAGGAAGGGCUGGCCCGGGGCCGGGGCCGGGGCAAGAGCCAGGGCAAGCCGGCCCUCCAGGGUAGCCUCCUCCUCCAGGGCACCGAGGCCCAGUGGGUCACCUUGCAGCAGGACGCCGACAAGCUGAGCAGACUCCUCCAGGGCGUGCUGGAGCGCUCCUCCUCCUGCCUCCAGCAGCAGCAGCAGGUCCGCACCCGGCUGGAGGACCUCCAGGCCCAGGCCCGGGCCCUGCCGUGCCGCUUCCCCUGGCCGGGCACCGCCAAGAGGCAGGCAGCCGCGGAGAGCGCCAGGGCCCUCCUGGAGAAGGCCAAGGGGCUGGGUCCGGCCGUGGCCGCCCUGAGGGAGCAGAGGAAGGAGCUGGUCGGCCUGACGCAGGACCCGGGCUGGACCGAGCCCUCGUGGGCCCUGCUGGAGGACGCGGGCCCGGAGCUGAUAAGGGGACUGAAUGAGCUGUGUGCUAUGUGGACGAGCGGCAUUCAGCGGGAGAGACGUUGCCUGGACCUCCUGCAGCAGUGUACGACAGGCCUGGCCGCCCUACAGCAGAGAGUGGAGGAGGAACACUCCAGACCGCAGGCCGUGGAUUCACGCAGCGCCAAGGCUAACACAAAGGCUUUAACAAAAGCCAAAAAGAAGCUGGACAAAGACCUCCAGGAGGCCGCAGCUGUGGCCAGCUCCCUGAGGGACAGCCUGUCCACAGAGGGCCAGGCCACCCUCACUGCACAGCUCCAUGCCCUCCAGGAGCAACGGGCCAGCCUGGAGAAGACUCCCCAGGACACGCAGGCCUCCAUCGGGCAACAGCACCAGCACCAGCACCAGCAGCAGAUGGGUGGUGAUGAUCAGAGGAGCCAAGAAAUGCAGGAGGCUAAAACAUCAAAGACGUUGGAGGCUAAAGCAUCGAAGACUACUCAUGGUGAUCAAAAGGUCCAACAGUUGAUGGAGAAGAACGGAAAACAGCCGCCGACUGGGGGUGAUCAGAAGAGCCAGGUCAUGCAGGAGGCUAAAGCAUUGAAGACUACCAUUGGUGAUGAAGAGUUGAUGGAGAAGACAGAGGCUGAUGGAAAACAGAAGACAACUGGGGGUGAUCAGAAGAGCCAGGACACGCAGGAGGCUAAAGCAUCGAAGACUACCAUUGGUGAUCAAAAGGUCCAAGAGUUCAUGGAGAAGACAGAGGCUGCCGGAAAACAGAAGACGACUCGGGGUGAUCAGAGGAGCCAGGAUAUGCAGGAGACUAAAACGCAGCAAAAGCCACAGCAGCAGCAGCAGCUGAAGAAGACUACUGAUGAUGAUGACCAAAAGAUCCAGGGGUCAAGGGAGAAGACAACCCAGGGCAAGACAGAUACAGACAAAAAGCAGCGGCAGCAACAGCAGCUGGAGACUGUUAAAAAGACUGAUCAAAUGACCCAGCAGUUGAUGGAGCAAAGCAGCCAGGACGAGACAGAGGACGUCAGCAAAACAGCCGUCGGAAAGCAGCUGCAGCUACAGCAUCAGCAGCAGCAGCAGCCAGUGGGUGGUGAUGGCGAUGAGAAGAUCCAGAGGUUGAUGGAGGACACCACCAACCUCCAAGGGGACCUGAAGGGUCUGAACGCGGCACUGGAGACGGAGCUGACAGCAGGCGAAGGGCACGAUCACGUGGGCCAGCUACACCAGCACUGGGUCAACCUGAAGGCCCUGGAGGAGCAGCAGCAGAUGCUGACGUUGCAGCUUCAGGAGCUCCGGGACUCCUCUGCGGACUCUAAGGUGGUGGCCUCAGCCCUGACUACUCUCAACAAACAGUCACUCAGCCUGGCUGUGUCCGUGUCUGAGAGCCUGAGGGUGUGCCAGGAGCGAGCGGCCCUCAGCGUGCGGCAGUCCACACAGGCCCUGCGCGUCUGGAACCAGAGCCAAUCACAUCCGCGUUCAGACACUGAACAGUCUGCAGAGAUGGCUCUGCAGGAGGGCGAGGUUCUGCGGGAGAGGCUGCAGGGGGCGCUGUGUGAGGCAGAGUUCCUGAAGAGCAGCAUGGGGGAGGAGCUUAUGCAGAGCCUGGCCAGGGAUGGCGCGCACGCGUUGACAGACUACACUGCUCAACUCCACGGCCUAUCACAGAGCAUUCAGUUGGCAAAAACUCCAUCUGAGGCUGCUACCCAGCAAUCAGCUAAAGCCAGCAAAUUGAGUGAAUACACACAACAAGGUGACAUCAACACCUUGAGUUCCAAUGCUGUGAAAAAGACCAUGCAGCCACGUGGUCCGUCAGAAGCCAAAGGGUUCCCGCCGAAGCCUACGUUCACUAUUGUCCUGGACGCAGAGCCGAGCGUUAGCAUUAGCGUUAGCAGUGACGUUAGCCCCAUCAAAGCUUCGACAGAUGCUCCGUCGCACUCCCAAUUCCGGAGCUGUGUUCUUGUUCAACCCGAUGCCAUGACGACCCCUCAAUCCAAUGAAGGUAUGGAGGUGUCGGCAGAGAGGAAUCUGACACCUCAACAGGCUCAGGCAAAGCCCUUGCUUCAACUUGCAGGCAGGGAGCUGCCUGAGAAGGACCGGUGGGCUAAAGAUUCCCCUCUUCCCAAGAAAGUGGCCACCAUAGUUUUGGAUGUACAGGCAUUCCAUGAUAGUGCCUCAUCCAUAGAGGGAGCGUAUGGGGAGUCUGAGCCGUUAUCACCAUCCCAUGUUGGCUUCAGUACUGAUAGAUUGGAAACUGACUCUGAGCAUGGUCUGAAUGAAAACGCUGACCAGAAGCAGAACCAGAUUGUGCUUGGCACUGGCACACAACCGAAGUCCAACGGCAAGAAGGUUUUCACUAUAGUUCUCGAAUCCCACAUGUCUGCAAACGAAUCAACGGGCAGUCAAACUAGAAAGUCAGUUGAAAUUGCAAGCUCUGAUGUAGAAAUGUGUCUUUCUAAGAACCACCCUGGGGAUCAGCUGAUACAUUAUCCACAUACAUCAGUGGUGCCUGAAGAUGUCAGUGCAUCUGAAGCGGACAUAGUUGAAGGUGGACCACCUACGUUUAGGUGCAGCGGAGUCAGCAAUGGCAAAUCAAGUGCUGUUGACCUUGACCUUGACCUUGACCUCUCACAGCAGAGGCCUCAGUCAGUGGACUCCUUAACAUCUCAGCAGUUAACCCCCCAGGCACACCACAUGCCACAGACAGCAGCGGAGAAGAUUGUCCCAGUGACCCAGGAGUCUGCUGCAGACGCUGCUCCCAGUCACACUGCGCACACUGACUCAACAGAUGGGUAUUCACAGGAAGUAAAAGCCCCAGGACAGUCAAAGCGUGCUGACAACAGUCUAACAGCUGCUAAAAGCAAAUGUCACAGAAAGAAUGAGGAUAUUGUAACAUCUCAGAGCAAUAACGGCACGCAAUCAGGCACCAAAGAUGAUGGGGAGCCAUCAAUGUUGGAUCAAGUCGGAGUGUCUGUCAGUGUGGCUGCUAGCGCUCCAGUCGGUCGUACUAAGUCUGAUGUUGUUGCCAUUACCCCUGGCAUGAAAGACGAGGCUGACCUACUACAGAAGCAUCCCACACUGCAGAUGCGAAUGAGAACAAAACACCAGGAGGAGCGAGGGGAGAUUCCAACCCAGUCCCCUGGGGACAUCUCUAUGUCUACCCUGACCUACAAUACAGACAAACAGUCCCUGGAGGAUACGGAUUAUGACCUAGUACAAGACUUAAAGCCUGAGGAGAAGAAGAAGAUGAGGGCCACAAAGCAGAGAGGAGCCCCCUGCAUGACGACGGAGGACCCUCCCGUUGCCAUCGGAGACGACGGGUCUGGAGGACGAACGCCACCAGCGUCACCCCUCCAGGCACCGCAGCCUUGGGUCACUCUGAUGGAGAUCCUGGUGGCUGAUGCCGAAGCACCAACAGUCAAAGUUCACAGCCCCAUGGGAGGUGAGCCGGUGGAGGAGGCUAUUUCGUGCCUGCAGCCCACAACGUCAGAACCGGAGGCCCGGCUCGGGAGGAUGGUCCAGAAGGUUCUGGACUGUCGGUACCAGCCCGCUCAGCUCAAUCCACAGGUCAUGGCCCAGCAGCUGCAGGAGGCUGAGGCGUGUAGACAGUGUGUUCAGCAGCAGGUGGCCCUGUCUUCCCAGUUCAUGGACGGAGACCAGCAGUCCGAGGCCACCAAGCGUAUGGAGGGUCGCUGGAGCGCCGCCCUGCUGGACGCUUCAGCUACCGUGCAGGUGAAGGAGGCCCAGCUACUGCAGGUCACCGAGUACCACCAUCAGACAGAGGCCCUCAGGACCUCGCUUCAGAGAUUCACCACCCAGAUGGAGAUGUUAAGCCUGGAUAAUUUGGAGAGCAGCUGCCUUCAAGCGGAGAAGUUGCAGAUGUUCCUGAAGGCCAUGAACCAGGAGAAGGGCCGCAUAGACGACCUGCUGCAGACCUGCGGCCAGGUGUCGGCUCACCUGAGCGAGGCCGAUGGGCCGGUUGCGCUCCUGGCCCAGGUGGAGGGCCUCCAGGAAGGGUGGCAGAUAUUGCAGGGGACCGCGCAUAGGACCAUGAGGCACGCCGCCGCCUGCACCGCAGAGGCCGUCACAGUACUCCAUGAUGCAAAGGAGUUGCACAACAAGCUAGAGAGUAUCCAAGCAUCUCUAGCCUCUUUAAGAUCCACAGCGGAGCCAAUGUCAGAGUACCAGUUGGCCGUACAACUCAGUAUCACCGCUUCAGAAUUGACCAUAGCCAAUGAGCAGUACUUCAAACUUGUGGGGCAUUUGGAGGCAUUCCAUGACAGCUUCCUUGGGAAGAAAGAAAGGCAUGAGAUGGAAGAGGCCCUACAAGCAUCAAAGAAUCAUCUGGACAGCGCACAGGAGCAGAUCUCAAGCAUUGUCCCUUCCGUUGCCGACCCGUCGGUUGCUAAAUUAAUCGAAACGAUUCAGGACUUUCUGCCGUGGGCUAAACAUGUGGAACAGCAAGUGGAAGCCAGGAGGAAGGUGGCCUUGUUUCCGGAACAUGCGCAUCAGCAGCUUGCCAGCAUGAAGAGGCUGCAGUCCGAGGUCUCCGCUAGGCAGACCAAAGUCACGUCUGUGGUGGAGGAGCAGAAGGCCUUACUCACAGGCCGGAAGGAACAAGAUGUUUCCGUCACGUUGUCUUUAUUGGAGGAUUUGGAGGAUACUUACCACGUUGUUUCUGAAAAGAUCGCGCACGCAAUUGAAGACGUCGACCGUUCCCUGCGGUCAAAGGAAGAGAUGUGGAGUCAGAUUGCCGAAGUAAGUAAGUGGUUGGUGGAUCACAUAGAGAAGGAGAGUAGCAGAACGAAAGAUUCCAAGCUGAAGACUAGCCUAGCAGACUUGAAGGUUGCACUACAGAAGCACAGCGCCACACUGAAGGAGACAGACAAGCAAGCCGAAGUUAUCGAAGCCCUUGUUGAGCAGAGUGCACUCAUCAUCCCCGAGCUCAGCAUCGACGAAAGCCACUACCUCAUUGACCGUCUAGCCAUACUACAGGCGGAGGUGUCCGGGGUGGCCAGCUGCGAGCGAGCCGCCUGCUGGGAGCUGGACGAGCUCCUCCACGCCCAGCAAGCCACCGCGGAGGAGGUAGCCUCCAUCCAGAAGAGCCUGAAACAGAUAUCCAUGGACCUGGAGCGGCAGAGGUUCCCCGUGACCGCCGCCUCGCUCUCCGCCGUCGAGCCCCUCAGGCAUAUGCUGGUGGAGCACCAGUGCCAAGUUCAGGAGCUACAGCAUUGCCAAGAGAGCCAGAGGAAGAGCCUUCUGCAGACCGUCAGCACCCUACAGGCCAAGGCCAGGGCGCUUGACCUCCAGUCCCGGGAGCACGAGAAGUACCUGAGCCACAAGAAGCGCAUGGAGGAGUCCCGGGAGGCCGCGAAGAACAGGGUGCCCCUGACCGUCAGCGACCACACCCAGGACCGGGGGGAGAGGAUGAGGACGUGCCGGGCGCUGCUCGUGGAGAUCCCGCUGGCGAGGCAGCAGUGUCAGCAGACCGCCGACCAGCUGGAGGCCAUCGCAGGCGACGUCUACCCGUCGCAGCUGGCGUCGGAGCGGCAGAAGAUCCACCGCACGGUGGAGAGCCUGGCCACCUGGGAAAUGACAGUGCAGAACGAGCUCGCGGGCCUGGAACGUAAGUCGCUCAAAGAGGGGCUCCCGCAGAGUCACCGCCCCGCGGACCUCACUACCCUGACUAACGUCUUCCACAAAGCACGACACGAGCUUCAGAGGGCAAAUUACCUGCGACCGGAUGAAAGGGACAUAGCAGCGGAGAUCCAGAGGUGUUUGACCCUGCAGAGGAGCUUAGAAGCUGGGCUGAGAGUGCUGGAGGCCUUGGAGAACCAGAAGGCAGCAGAGCCAGAGGCUUUGAAGGAGUUGACCCAGUAUGGAAGGAGAAUCCUUAAAGACUGCAAAGUCAGAAUGGAGAACACGUCCCAGGCGUUGGAGGCCCUGAAGGACUACCAGUGGGCAGCGCAGGGAGCCGUGCGGCUUCUGGACGACGCGGAGCCCAGGCUGCUACUGGACCUCAGCUGUGGCGGCACCACCACCACCACCACCACCGCCACCUGCACUACCACCAGGGACCACCAGGAGGAGCUGCUGGCCACGCAGCAGACCGUGGCCGCCCUCAGGGACAGCUUCAAGGCCCACGUGGACCGGCUGGGGAACCUGGUGCCCAAACAGGCCUGCCUGUCCACCGCCGACACCCAGCGGCUGCACAUCCAGGUGCUCAGCUCGCUGCUGGUCCGAGAGGCCAUGCUGGAGGCGCAGGGACAGCUCAGGAUGGAGGCCCUCAAGAGAUUUAUUGAGGAACAAAGUGCUCAUAAGAGACAACACGUGCAUCUCUCAGAGUUACUCCAGAGGUUUGAGGCAGGACUGAACGACUGUCUGAGACAGAAAACCACUUCCUUUGAAGAAUGCUUAGAACAGCAAGAAAAAACAAAGGGCCUGCAGGAGGAGCUGUGGUGCCUGGCGGGGCGGCUAGAGCAGCUGAGGGGUAGAUGCCCGGCGCUGGGCUGCGGAGUGCCGUCUGAGCUGGGCCUGGCGCUGCUGUGGAGGAAGUGGGCCCAUCUCAAACACCGCGUCUGGGUGCUGCGAGCGCGCUCAGUACAGCGCGACCAGGAGUGGAAGGACGCCAUCUUGAGUAUGGAGAGACUCAGCCUGGCUCUGGAGAGCCUGAGGCAGGAGCUGCCCGAUCCCAGCGCGGUGAGGGGUUCCCUGGGUGGGGACCUCCAGGCCGUGCUGGCCCUGACGGAGCACCAGCAGGAGUGGCUGGAUCAUGAGCAGCAGGCGCUGGCCUCACUGGUGGCCCUGGUGGGCCGGCUCCUGGGGCCCGCUGCGCAACGUGACCCCGACACACCUGCUCCCAUCAGCCAGGAGCUGCAGCUCAUUCAGAACCACUGCAGGAGCCUUCGGGAGCAGUGCAUGCUGGUCCGCCGCAUGGCGCUGACUGAGACACAGGAGCGUGGCAGGGAGAUGGAGGAGCUGGAGGGGGUCCGGCAAAACUUGGCGUCCCUGCGCACGCUGCUACUACAGCAGAUCCACGGCGAUGCUACGCGGGCACAGGAUGCCAAGAUUGAGCUGGGAAGCCAGCGAGAUAAACUACAGGACAUAAUUGAAGGAAUGAAGAAACGUUACCUGGAUGUUCCCCCAGAGAUCCAGGCCUCACUGGACGAGGUUACUCACUCACUGACGGAAGUAGAAGAAAAGCUUUCGGGAACAGCAUCAUCUCAGGAGAUCUCCUCCAGCCCCCAUCAUCACCCACUGAGUGAGCAGGUGAGGGAGGUCACUGCUGGCCUGGGGCAGGUACAACUUCUCCUGCAGCAAAGCAGCCCCACAGUCACAGAAGCUGAAGGCACGCUCAAGCGCGUGUGGGACGAGCUGGACGGGUGGCACUCGCGGCUGGCCGUGCUGGAGGCGGAGGUGCAGGAGGUGGGCAUGGAGCAGCCGCAGCACGUGGGCCCCCUCAUGGACCAGUUGACGGACCCCCUCCAGCUCUACCAGCUAGUGGCCAAGCAGGCCGAGCAGAGGACAGCCUUCAUCAGCAGGAUCCCGGCUGCUUUCCAGGAGUACCAGGACUUGCUCAACAGUGCCACACACUGGCAGGAGGAGGCCAACUCGUGGCUGAGCGCACCCAGCACAUACACCAGUGCCAAGUGCCUGCACACCCAUGCCCUCUCUCUUCAGAUGACUUUGGAUGACGCAGAGCGGAUCAGGGCGGCUCUGGAGGCCUUCGUGCCAGUGAUGACGGAGAUCGCUCCCGUGUGUGACACGGACCCCAUGCAGGAACGCCUGAAGAAAACCAUCCACAAAGUCACACGCGUCCAGCAAAGCAUCAUGGAACCUCACGCUCAGCUUCAACACCUGGCAGAGGAAGUGGAUGCCAUUGAAGCUGAAGUGAAAACAAUAGAGAAGAAUUUCAACAAGAUCAACUCCAUCUUGACCGCAAUGGCCACAGAGCACGCGUUUGGAGAGGAGCACCUGCAAUACUGUGAGGUGAUCCUGGAGAACAUCCGCUCCAUGAGGAGGACCCUGGCGGAGGUGGAGCACUGCAGAGAGGACCUGGGCCUCCCCCGCGGUGCUGAGGACACCCUCACCGUCUUCCAGCGGGCACGUAACCUCCAGGAGCCCAUGCAGGAGCUGGAACAGCGCACCCAGGAGCAGAGCUCAAGGCUGGAGGAAGCACUCAGGCGAUCUAUGGGCCCAAACUAUCAUCACGCCACUCACAAGACAGCCUCCGUGUCGGCCCAUCCAGCUCUGAUGUCUCUGGGCACCGAGGGAUCUAUGGGAUUCCAAUAUUCUCUGGUCCCCGAUGAUGGGGAAGACGAAGAUGACUACGAUGACGAUGGAAGCGUUCACUCGUCCUCCUCCGGAACGUUGACAGGAAGUGUGGUCGAGGACCCAGACGGGACGUUUAGCGAUGAUCAGGCUUUCGAAACGGCUUCUCCCACAGUGAUAAUGGCGACUGCCUCAAAGGACUCGCCUCCCAGGGGCACUCUGACGGUAACUAAGGAAACGGCAUUGGUAACGACGGCAUCUGAGGACAUCACCAAGGAAAUGAGACCGCUGUCCUCAAGGGCCCCGUCGUUUGCAUCUGCCACCAGGACCUGGGACAGUAGCAAGGGCGGCGAGAGGACGGCAGACACCGGCGGUGGUGGCGGUGGCAACGUUGUGGGCGCUAUGGAGCGUGCCAUGAAGGAGAAUGGAAGCAGCAGCACUGUCGCUGGAUCAGGAAGUCAUCAUCAGCAGAUGUUGUUGUUGACAUGCUCAAACCGGCCCGAACUGGUUUCGCAAGAAAGGAAGGCUGAAUCCAAGGAUGUCCAGUCGGGUCCAGUUCCCGUUCCUGUUCCUGCGCUGCCUGAGCCAGUGGCCCGAGAAACGAAAUCGGUUGUCAUGGAGCUCUCAUCCAGUGAUGCUGCUGGGGCAGCAACCAAAGAGGCUGUUUUAAAAGCCAGUGCAGAUGUUGCAUCAGUGACACAGCAAUCAGAUCAUAUUACUGCGCAGCCUCUGUGCAGUGUCAGCCCUGAGGAUAAAGUUGUGGAACCUAAAAUGAAAUCCCCAGAAUGCAUUUCACUCCCAGCUGGCCCACACAGUAGCACCAAACCUGUGUCUUCAGAGACUGUAGAGAGCAUAGCAGAGCUGACCCAUCAAAAGAAGAAAAAGAAGUCUGUGAAUGUGUCUAGUUCAGGUACACAGCAGGGCCUGUUGGAACCAGCCGAUCUGACAGAGGAGGCUGUUGGCGCAGCUAUUGGAAAUGGACAGGUCAUGAGUCCCAUUCCGGAACAAGAAUCUGCAAGGAUACAAGCGGACAAACCUGCUGUCAGUGUGGCUGCCAAGCCUGAAGAGGGCGCUGCAGCUAAAGGGGACCUGGCGCGCCUUCUCACCAGCCUAUCAGGGAAGCAGGAGCUGGAGAGCCCCGCGUUUCUCUUACAGGACGCUGUGGCCAAGCAAAACGACCCCAGUUCAGCCGCAGUGGGUCAUGCCAGCUCUCAGCGUUCAAACGGCAGAGAGCUGAGGUCCCUGAUUGGUCAGGUCAGCUCGCCUGGGUGUCAGGUGGAGCUGCAGGGCAGUGUGAAGGCCCUUGCGAAGGGCCUGUCUGCACUGCUGCAGCUGGGCAACCAGCGCAUGCAGCGCAACCUGGACACAAAGCCAUGCAGCCGCAGCCAGCUGCAGCCCUUGCUCAGCAGACAAAAGAAGUUUUUCCAGGGUGUGGGGCAUCACUGGGCCCUACUGCAGGUGGUAUCCCAGCGGCUGCCACCAGGGGCGCUGCAGAGCCUGGCAGAGGUGGGGCAGCAGGUGGACAAACUGCAGAAGGAGUCUGUAGACCAGGGCAGCCACACACAGAGGAACCUGCAGGAGUGGAGCCAGCUGGAGGAAGUGAGUGGGCGCCUGGCCAGGCUUCUGGAUGAGUUGGAGGCCGGCAUGCCCAUGGGGAGUCCUCAACAGGAGCCCGAGGCACACCUGCAGGAGAGGACCAACGCCCAUCAGCGUCUGUGGCAGCUCCUGGAGGAGAGCCGGCCUGAGCUGGGGCAGGUCCAGGAUCAGUGCCGCGUGCUGAGAGAGAGAGGCUGCAGCCCCCUGGGCUUGAGCAGCACUGCCCCGGGGUCAGGCCUGGAGCUGCGCUGGGCCUCCGUGCAGAGGCGGCUGCAGACGGAGCAGACGCACACGGAGAAGAUCAGGAAACUUUGGGAUAGGUUCCAGCAGGACUCCCAGACCCUGGAGGAGUGGCUGGCAGAGGCCAGGGAGGAGCUGCAGGCUCUGGGGAGCCGCUGCGAGGCAGAGGCCCAGGACUUCCACUGGGCCCAGCUCACGCCGCUUAUGGGUUUCUGCCAGCAGGCGGAGGCUCGCCGGGCCCAGUGGGCAUCCGUCCGUGACCUGGGCACCCAGCUGCAGCAGCUGAUGGACAGCGAGGCCCCGUGCCUACUGUCUCGCCUGGCACAGCUGGAGCAGGGCUGGGGGGAGGUGGCGGCGACCCUGCCGGCACUACAGACCAGAGGGAAAGAGAUCCUGUGUGCGCUGGCUCCCUGUGAGCUGCUGUCCAGCCUGGACAAGUGGCUGAGUGAAAUGGAGAGAAGACUGGAGGAGGAGGAGGAGGAAGAGGAAGAGGAAGAGGAGGAGGAAGAGGAGGGAGGAGAGACCCGCCAGGCCACUGAUGCAGCUGCACACUCCAGCCAACUCAAGCGCUGUCAGGCGCGUAGGGCUGAGCUGUCGGGUCAUCAGGCGUGUAUGGAGCGUCUGUGCCAGGUGGUGGAGGAGGCGGGCCAUGUGAAAGACCAGGCGGAGAGGGAGGAGAGAACUCACCUGGCCGAGCAGGUCGGAGCCCUACACCUGCGCUGGAGCACCGCGCACGCCAGAGCAGACCAGCAGGUGCGGCAGGUAGAGGACCGUCUGCACGUGUGCAGUCAGAGGGAGGCACGUCUGCGCCGGCUGCGUAGCUGGCUGUCUGCCCAGAGAGCGAGACUGAGGGGCUAUGAGACACCAGACAGCUGCUUCCACACAGACACAGCACUACAGGACCUCAAGGACGUGGAGGAGAAGGCCCUAGUGAGGUGUUCAGAGCUGCAGGAGCUGAGGGCCUUGCGUCUGGCUGUGGAGGAGGAGGAGGACCCUGCUGACCGGCUCUUCACUGCCCAGCUGGAUGAAACCCUGCAGGACUACUCUCUACUUACCCAGCAGGUGAACAUCCUGCGCCCCCUGCUGCAGCAGGUCUGGGAUCAGUGGCUGGGCUUCGAGAGGGAGCUGGCCGAGGCUACCCUGGUGGCGGCCAGGACCCAGCACAGCCUGGAGCAGCACCGCACCCCCUGCCUCUCCCUGCAGCACAGCAGAGACCUAGUCGACCACACACAGGUGACAAGGAGGAGCCGGCUGUUCGUCUGUUUGGUCUUUCUUUUGUUCAUUUGUUCGUUGGUUUGUUUGUUCGUUCGUUCGUUCGUUCGUUCGUUCGUUCGUUCGUUCGUUCGUUCGUUCAUUCAGUCAUUAAGUCAUUCAUUCAUCUCUAUCUACAUUGCCAUAAUAUCCAUUAAGCUAAGAGAGAUGAGAGAUAUAAGAGAAGCCGUUCUCCGCGAGGCGGAGGAAGGGGCGGGCAUCUGGUCGUCUGUGGGCGCGACUCUCCUGAGCCUCAACACCAGAGUGAGCCCCGGAGCCGCCCGCCUCCUGACCGAGAGGGUGGAGAGAGAGAAAGCCCGGUGGAUGUCCGCAGUGCAGGCAGCCAGGGCCGAGCACCAGCAGAGCCAGGAGCUGCUGAAGGUGUGGCAGGAGUACAGCCGCCUGACGGGGGUCUGUGCACACCAGCUCACCCAGCUGUGGCAGCAGGCCCCUGGCCUGGCCGCCGCACCAGCAGGCCCCCCUGAGGACGGAGGAGUGGAGGAGGUGGAUGACCCCAUACAGCAUGUCCAGUUCAGCCUACAGGCCAUCAGUGAAAUGGAACUGGGGAUUGAGGUCUUGCAGACCAGUGUCAGUGAUGUUCUGGAGGCAGCCAAGCUCCUGAUUGGCCUGAUAGAACCCCAAGGAGCUGCCAUGGUCCAAUCAGAAACAAGAUUGUUGUCACGUGACAUUGUUCACUUGGGCCAGGCACUGAUUAUGAGACGGGAGCAACUUCAGGGGGACCUGGAUCAGCAUCAGAACUUCAACAGCAGCCUUGAGUCUUUAGAGCUCCAUCUAAGGGGCUACGAGAGUGGUCUUCUCAGACCCAACGCUAGCCUGGACAACGUAAAGAGGGGUCUUCUGGAGCUGAGUGGCCAUGCGCCUGACCUUGGCUCCCUGAAUGAGCUGCAGGGUGGCCUGCGACUGACCGAGGCAGCUAAGGGGCGCCUCUCCUCCCUCAACGAGCAGUGGCUGCACAUCUUCACCCAAGCCUCCGAGAGAUACAGGGAGUUGUAUGCGGUGCAGCUGUCCAACCAGAGCUUUGAGCAGAGGUGUGAGGACUGGUUUGGGCUCCUGGAGAAGAUGGAGGCAGAGCUGUUGGCCUCAGACGUGUGCGCCCUGCAGCCAGCCCUCCGCGAUCAGCUGACUCAGCAUCAGAAGCUGAAGAUCGAGAUGUUUGGUGGCCACCAGCUCCUCCAGUCAGUGGUGAAGGAGGCCCUGCAGCUUCUGGACAGCGGACCUACAGGGAACAGCAACGCCCUGGUCAUGAAGCUGACCGGGCGACAGGAGCGCUGGCAGGAGGCUCUCCGAUUGGCCCAGAGCCGUGGCACUCUGCUGCAGAGGCUCCUGGGACAGUGGAGGCUGCUGACCAGCGGUCAGAGGCGGCUGUGGAGGAUGCUGAACGACCUGGAACCCCUCCUGCCCCCUGCUGGUCUGGCUGCCUGCAGUCUCCAUCAGCUCCGCAGUGUCAUCCAGGACUUUGAGUGGGCACAGAGGGAACUGCAGCAGCACCAGGUGCUCUAUGCACAGGUUCUGGAGGCGGGAAGGGAGCUUGUGUCCCGGUUGGACGGCCAGCAGAGCCACCCACAAGCACCUCAGAGACACAUGCGGGACGACCUGGACAUCCUCCGGAAGGCCUGGGAGGACACGCAAAGGCUGCUGGGAGCCCGCAAGGCCCUGGCCGAAUCAGUCAUACUGACAUGGAAGCACUGUGAGGCAGGACUAGCCGACGGCGCACAAAAGCUGGAAGAGAUCAAAGCCAGACUGGAGCAGCCGCUGCCAGAGAAUCUUGAGGAGUUGCAAAAGGAGGAGAGUCUCUCCAAGGAGUGCCAGGAGGGUCUGGAGGUGUGGGGAGGUCGACUGCGGGAGCUGGCUGCCAUGAAGGUGGACGCUUCGCAGUACGUGCUGGCCGCAGACACCAGCCUGCUGCAGGGACAACUGGAACAGCUGAGCGGACACUGGGAGGAGCUCUGCCUCAAGGUGUCUCUGCGUAAGCAGGAGAUCGCGGACCGGCUGAACGCCUGGGUGAUCUUCAACGAGAAGAACAAGGAGCUGUGUGAUUGGCUGGGCCAGAUGCAGGGCAAGGUGUCCCACGGCGGGGAGCAGCUCAGCAUCGAGGACAUGGUGGAGAAACUGAAGAAGGACUGCAUGGAGGAGAUCAACCUGUUCAGCGAGAACAAGAGCCACCUAAAGCAGCUGGGUGAGCAGCUCCUGUCGGCCAGCGACAAGACCAAGGAGGCCGAGAUCCACGGGGCGCUGCGCGACGUCAACGCCCGCUGGCAGAGCCUCUUCGACCACAUCGAGGACAGGGUAAAGAAGCUGAAGGAGACCCUGUUGGCCGUUCAGCAGCUGGAUAAGAACAUGAAUAACCUGCGCGCCUGGCUUACCCACGUGGAGACCCAGCUGGCCCAGCCCGUACUCUACUCCGCCUGCCGCAGCGAAGAGAUACAGACCAGGCUCGCAGAGCAUCAGGAGUUGCAACGGGACAUUGAGCAGCACAAGGAGAGCGUGGCGUCGGUGCUGACGCUGUGUGACACCCUGCUGCGCGACGAGGACGCGUGCGACACCAGCGGCGGGGGCGGUGGCGUGGAUGGCGAGGGGGGCGGGGACUCCAUCCAGCAGACCACGCGCAGCCUGGACCAGCGCUGGAGAAACAUCUGCACCCUGUCACUGGAGAGGAGACUGAGGAUUGAGGAGACGUGGCGGUUGUGGUGCCGCUUCAAGGAGGACUACUCUCGUCUGGAGGAGUGGCUGAGGGGGGCGGAGGAGGUGGCGGCCAACCCCAACUCCUCAGACGUGCUGCACACACACGCCAAGGAGGAGCUCAAGAACUUCGAGGCCUUCCAGAGGGAUGUCCAGGAGCGUCUGACCCAGCUGGAGGUGGUGAACCACCAGUACCGGCAGCUGGCCCGCGAGAACCGCACGGACCAGGCCAGCCAGCUGAAGGCCAUGGUGCGGCAGAGCAACCAGCGCUGGGACGCCCUGCAGAGGCGCACCGCCUCCAUCCUACGCAGGCUACGGUAUUUCACGGGCCAGCGCGAGGAGUUUGAGAGCACGAGGGAGGGCCUGCUGGUGUGGCUGACGGAACUGGAUCUGCAGCUGACCAACGUGGAACACUUCUCAGAGAGCGACAUCCACGAGAAGCUCAAACGACUCAACGGCUUCCAGAAGGAGAUCACGCUGAACACCAACCGCAUCGACGCGCUGAUCGUGUUCGGCGAGGCCCUGAUCCAGCGCAGCUGCGCGCCGGACGCGGCCCACAUCGAGGACGAGCUCGUGGAGCUGCACACCUACUGCCAGGAGGUCUUCCGCCGCGCCGCCCGCUUCCACCAGCGCCUCACCAGCCCGCACCUCGAGCUGAGAGAGGAGCCAGAGCUCCACCAGGCCUCCCCCUCCUCCUCCGCCUCCGCCUCCUCGUCCUUGGGCCCCAUGGCCAGGCACGGCCCUUCUUCUUCGUUCCUGGGCGAGCCCUACUUCUCCUCCUCGCCCCUGAUCCCCGGCCACCACCCGCACCCGCACCCCCACCCGCAGGUGCCUGUGUGCUUGGUGGCCCCCCUGCUGGAGCGAUCGCGAUCGGGCCGCGAGACGCCGGUGAGCGUGGACUCCAUCCCACUGGAGUGGGACCACACGGGGGACGUGGGCGGCUCUUCCUCGCACGAGGAGGAUGACGAGGGCACCUUCUACAGCACGCUCUCCGAUGUGUCCGUGACAGAGAGUGUGGAGGUGUUCAUGAGUGGCACUGCCCUCUUACUGGGAGAGACAUUGGGUGCGGGCAGGUCGUUGGCGGAGGCUCAGAGUUGGCACUCUCAGGAUUCCCAGCUGGACAUGGCAGACGCCAGCUGCCACUCCCCCACACACACCAGCACGCCUUACAAACCAGGAUAUGUGCGUCUGAUGUCGGAGUGUAGUGGCAGCAUCAAGAGUGUGAAGCGUGUGUCCCUCAUCCUGGACGAUGAGGAGCAGGCGGAGGAGCCGGGCCUCACCGGCCUCACCACGGCAGACAAGCAGACAGGAGUGAUCGAGCGCUGGGAGCUGCUUCAGGCCAAGGCCAUGAGCGAGGACCUGCGCAGCCGGCGGGAUGCCAAGCAGCUGACCUCUGACCUCCGUGACCUCACUUCCUGGCUGGCCCGGGUGACGCCGGAGCUGCAGCAGCUGCAGAGGCCCGAGCCCAGCGCCACCAUUCAGACCAUGGAGGCCAAGGUCCGCCAGCUCAAGGAGAUGCAGAAGACAUUUGCGAGCUACAAGGCCAAGGUGCUGUCCCUUAAUCUGGGAGGCCAGGAGCUCCAGCUUCAGCAGCAGGAGGUGCAGCAACAGGAGGAGCACCUCCAGGAGGAGCAGGGGGAGGAGGGGAAGGAGGAGGAGGAGGAGAAGGAGGAGGAGGAGAGCCCAGGGAGGCUUCAGGAAGCCCUGCAGACCAUGAACCAGCGCUGGACGGAGGCCUGCACUCUCCUGGAGGACUGGGAGAGCAGCCUGCGGACCACGCUCAUGCGUUGCCAGGAGUUCCACGAGACGCUUCACGGCCUGCUACUGUGGCUGGCCCAUGCGGAGAGCAGGCGCUUCGCCGUCAGCAUCCACGCUGACGCCACCCCACUGGCCUCGCUGCACGCGCACAAGGACACGCUGAAGGCCCUGGAGGGCGAGCUGCAGGCGCGGCAGGGGGAGGUGGGGGUGCUGCAGGAGCUGUGUGCCCAGCUGCUGGCGGAGGCGGGCGGGGAGGAGGGCAUGGAGGCGCGGGAGAAGCUCCACGUCAUCGGCAACAAGCUGCGCCUCCUGCUGCGGCAGGUGGGGCAGGACCUCAACGCACUGGACAGGAGACUGGACUCUGCUGAGUGCCCAGGCCAGAGCAGGCCACAGGCCAGAGUGCCUGGAUCCAAGGACUCCCCCUCUGAGGCGGGAAGUAAACGCUCAUCCGCAGCCAACAGUGUGGAGAAGCAGCGCGACCCGUCCCCUCAGCGCUCCUUCUUCCAGCGCGUGCUGCGCGCGGCCUUCCCGCUGCACCUGCUCUUCCUGCUGCUGCUGGUGCUGGCCUGCCUGGUGCCGCUCUCCGAGGACGACUACAGCUGCACGCUCGCCAACAACUUCGCACGCUCCUUCUACCCCAUGCUGCGCUACACCAACGGGCCCCCGCCCACGUGAUGCCCUGGGCCCCCUCUUUCCCUGGGCCCUUGAUGACUGUCCCCUCUUUGUCCCCCCCCUGUCGGUACCCCUGUGUACACACACAGGCACAUACAGGCACGCAGACACACACACACACACAGGCACACACACACACACACACACACACACACACACACACGCUCCUUCUACCCCAUGCUGCGCUACAUUACAGGUCUCCACCCACGUGAUGCACAGGCACACACACCCUUACAUGAUGAGUGUGCAUGCUUGUGGCAUGGACGCUUUAAAA